CGAGCGCAGCGUGCUUCACCGCCGUGCGUGCAAGGUGCGCGCUCGCUGAAAUCAUUCGCGUUCUUUCACGGGGACACACCGCAGGGCAACAACGACUAACGCGCGCGUUUAUAUAUAUUUAUAUAUAUUCCGAUAACGCGUCGCCUCGGUGCACGAGGGCUGGGGGGGCUUCUAUCUCUACCCGAGGCGGAGGGAACUACGUCACUUCCAUCGGCGAUAUCAGCCGCCGCGCGCUGGAUGCGCCGCACACGGCAGCGCGCAGGGCGUCAGGACCGCAUCCGUCCUCCGCGCGAGAUGCUGCGCGAGCACAACACAACUCGAGCGAUCCUCCCCGGUUCCGCGCGUCUCGGCGAGGAGGCGUCUACAAGCGCAGGCGUAAAAGCGGGGUAAACGAACUCCUCGGAGAAGUGAUGGUCCGUGGUAAAGAGAACGUCACGAAGAGCCAACAUCUGUAACUUUCGGAUUUCCUUGCUUUACAGUGGAUUUCUUUUUUUUUUUUUUACUGGAGAUCGUGGGAUAUUCUUUGUGUAAACAUGCCUGUUAGAAGAGGUCACGUAGCGCCACAAAACACAUUCCUCGGGAUGAUUAUUCGGAAAUUUGAGGGGCAGAACCGGAAAUUUGUGAUAGCCAACGCCAGGGUGGAGAACUGUGCGAUUAUAUAUUGCAACGACGGCUUCUGUGAGAUGACGGGCUUCUCGAGACCGGACAUUAUGCAGAAGCCAUGCACCUGUGACUUCCUCCACGGCAACCUGACCGACAAGGAGGCCAUCGGCCAGGUGGCCCAGGCGGUGUUUGGCUCUGAGGAACGCAAGGUGGAGAUCACUUACUACCGUAAGGAUGGGUCUGACUUCCAGUGUAACAUUCACAUAAUCCCAGUGAAAAAUGAGGAGGGCGUGGUGAUGAUGUUUAUCUUAAACUUUGAUUACAUCGUGGAUGGGGAGAGUGACAACUCCACAGAGAAGCUAAGCCCAACGUCGCCUACAAAGUCAGAUCAAAGAAGGAGUAGGUUCUUCCGCUUCCGCCACGCCGCUUUGAGCCUAAUGAAUACGAAACAAUCUCUUCCGCAAGAGGACCCGGAUGUUGUGAUGGUGGACCCGCCCAAAGAGAAUGAGGGCUCAGUGGCCCUGCCGAGCUUUCCGUCACCCACCAAGAGCAUUUGCAGUCCCAUUGAGAUCGAUGACACGCAUGGCCUCAUAGGCUCGAGCCGCCGCUCUUCCCAGGCCAGCGUCGGCCCUGAACCACUCGGCCAUUCAUCCCCUAAACACCUCUGGGACAAGCUGUACCAAACCGAGCCACAGCAAUCUUCCACCACCCUCUCGAACACCUUUCCCAGAGGCAGCACCAACAGCAUGAGGCGAGCCUCAUCCGUCCAUGAGAUGGAGGCCUACAGCUCAAAUUCCAAAAGCGUAUUCAAGGAUGGUCAUACCAGUGAAGGCGCCUUUAAUCAUGUUAAAUCCAGCCUGCUUGGCUCUACGUCGGAUUCAAACAUCCAUAAGUACAGCACCAUCCAGAAGAUCCCUCUGAUUGCACUCAACUUCUCUGAGGGCGCUGAUAAAAAGGCUCAUUCUCCGCCAACGCCCGAGACAACUAUCAUAGCACCAAAGGUCAAAGACAGGACCCACAAUGUCACAGAAAAGGUCACGCAGGUCCUGUCACUCGGAGCCGAUGUUCUUCCAGAGUACAAACUCCAGACCGCCCGCAUCGACAAGUUCACCAUCCUCCACUACAGCCCCUUCAAAGCUGUGUGGGACUGGCUGAUUCUGCUGCUGGUCAUCUACACUGCGAUCCUCACUCCUUACUCUGCUGCUUUUCUUCUCAAUGACACAGAGGAAUCGAAGAGGCGUGAAUGUGGAUACUCCUGCAGCCCGCUCAAUGUAGUGGAUUUGAUGGUGGACAUCAUGUUCAUCAUCGACAUCCUCAUUAACUUCAGGACCACAUACGUAAACAUCAACGAGGAGGUCGUCAGCGAUCCAGCUAAGAUAGCGAUCCAUUACUUUAAAGGCUGGUUCCUUAUAGACAUGGUGGCGGCAAUUCCCUUUGACCUUCUUAUCUUUGGUUCGGGAUCAGAUGAGACCACCACUCUGAUUGGCCUGUUGAAGACGGCCAGGCUCCUGCGUUUGGUGCGUGUAGCCAGGAAGCUGGACCGCUACUCUGAGUAUGGUGCUGCCGUCCUCAUGCUGCUCAUGUGCAUCUUCGCCCUCAUCGCCCACUGGCUGGCCUGUAUAUGGUACGCCAUUGGCAACGUGGAGAAGCCCUACUUGGAGCACAAGAUUGGCUGGCUGGACAAUCUGGGCGUGUCUAUAGGGAAGAGAUACAACUACAGCGACCCUAACUCGGGUCCCUCUAUCAAGGACAAGUAUGUCACGGCCCUUUACUUCACCUUCAGCAGCCUGACCAGCGUGGGCUUCGGAAAUGUUUCACCAAACACAAACUCAGAGAAGAUCUUUUCCAUCUGUGUCAUGCUGAUUGGAUCUCUCAUGUAUGCCAGUAUUUUUGGAAACGUCUCUGCCAUUAUCCAGAGGUUAUACUCUAGUACGGCCCGAUAUCAUGCUCAAAUGUUACGGGUCAGGGAGUUCAUACGCUUUCAUCAGAUCCCCAACCCACUGAGGCAGCGGCUGGAAGAGUACUUCCAACACUCCUGGGCCUACACCAACGGCAUCGAUAUGAACACGGUCUUGAAAGGUUUUCCAGAGUGCCUGCAGGCAGAUAUCUGCCUUCACCUCAACAAGAGUCUCCUUGAAGACUGCAAAGCAUUCCAAGGAGCCUCCAAAGGGUGCCUGAGGGCCCUGGCCAUGCACUUCAAAACCACUCACGCGCCUCCAGGAGACACGCUGGUCCACAGCGGCGAUGUGCUCACCGCUCUCUACUUUCUCUCCCGUGGCUCUAUUGAGAUCCUGAAAGAUGACAUUGUGGUAGCCAUCCUGGGAAAAAAUGACAUCUUUGGAGAGAUGAUCCAUCUCUUGGCCAAGCCUGGGAAGGCCAAUGCUGACGUGCGAGCGCUGAGUUACUGUGACCUGAGCACCAUUCAGAGAGAGGAUCUGCUAGAAGUGAUAGACAUGUACCCGGAGUUCGCCGACUAUUUCUUCAACAACCUCGAGCUUACCUUCAAUCUCAGAGAUGAGUCUCCAAAGCCCUCGAGCUCCCAUUGCGGGGAUUCAGACGGCGAGGGCAAUAAGAGCAUUAAAAGAAGGAUCUCCUUCACACCAGAUGUAUGUAAAGGCGAGGAAGUGGUCAGCGACUUGAUUGCCGAGAGGGAGUCCAACUCGUGCCUAAGAAGAAGUUCAGAGGCCUCUCUGAACAGAGGUACCUCUCAACCCAAAGCCACAGUCCGGGACUCUAAUCUUGUUGUCAGGGACAACGCAGAGAGGAGGCCGUCCUUCGAAGAUCUUUGCUGUGAUAAAUGGGCCAGUAAGAAGCCUAAGGACUACCUGGAUGAGUCAGCGCAUCUCCAGGACCUGAGAGGGGACGAUAACUCUGCCAGCGAGAUCACGUACGGAGAGGUGGAACAGCGCUUAGGUCAGCUGCAAGACCACCUCAACAGGCUGGAGUCUCAUCUGAUGACAGAUAUUCAGACCAUCCUGCAGUUGCUGCAAAGACAACCGACGCUGGGACCUCCAGCCUACAGCACUGUGACUGCCAGUCCGGACUAUCACAGACCUGCUGUGAAGGCUCAGCCGGUUGCACUACCUGCGAGCUAUUUUUUCAGCCAUACAGGAAUUCAAGGCGCCAAUCCAAAACUGGAGGCCAUUGAGGAAUCCAAAGACUCUCUGUCGAGCUUGGCCAACGUGAAUGCCCCCAUCGAGGGCAGCCUUACAGCACUGCUUGUACAGAGACAUUCAGUGCCGCAACAACCGAUCAGAGGGUAUCAACAGUCUGCACUGAUCCAUCUUCCACCCGAAACAUCUUCCACAUCCUCCUCUUCCUCCCCAGCCCCUUCUGACUGCAACCUGAACACCACUGGACUCAAUAGACCCGUGUCAGACUCAGAGUUUCCGAGGUCAUAAACCUUCCAGCAAAACGUGUUCUAAUAUCUGGGUUGGAUUGCUGUAAUUACUGUUUAAGUAGCGGCUUUUUAUCGGCAUGCCGACACAGAGAUCUGUAUUGUUCAUUUGUAUUGGCUUGGUAAUAGUAUAAGAUGUUCUUUUUUUUCAUCAUGCAUGUGAAAACAAUACUGUUGCUGCAGUUACAGUAACAGUGUGUUUAACUGUUUACUGCAGUUUUCAGUGGAAUAACAAUGGUUACAUAUUGUAACAGCAGUUUUAUUAACAAUGAAGCUCUCUGACGGACCCUUUAGGCAGCAGAUUUAUAUUGGAAUACACAAGUAGAUUCCCAACCAAUCGGAAAAUAAAUCUAUUUAACGUAACCGAGAGUGACCCUAUCGAAGGAAGGCACUUCCCCAUUUACUAAGUCGCCAGCCUUCUGACUAAGUUCAACAGGAAUGCUGGUUUAAUACUUCCACCUGGUUGUGAUAGAACCAACACAAGAAUUCCUAAUCAACAUUCUCUUUCAAUCCUCUUUGUUCUCCAAUGGGCUCUAAUGGACUCUGCAGCUAUUUUUCGUGACUCAACUUGUUAUGUUCCAACACAUGAUUGGUCAUACUGGCCUAGACUGAGUAGGCAAGAGAGUGAACACCACACAUUCAGUAUCAAAUUGGGUUUGCACUUAAUGCGUGGUCCCCAGGAAGAGAGAAAGAGAGAUGUCGAGCUAACUGCUCCUCGUCAUCCCCAGAUAAGGUUCCUGUAGCAGCUGAAAAUGCUUGGCAACAUCUAAAAAUAGACCAAAGAAAGGUACAAAAUUGCUAAAUGCAUUAGGCAUAGUUAAAACAGCUUUUCUGGCUUUUUAUCACCCUUUCGUUUAAGUUUGAGUAAGAAGAGGGGAAGAUUUUCUCCCGAUAACAGAGAGCAGGUACCACUCAGUGAAAAAAUGGCCCUGGAGAACGCAAAUGCAACUGAUCUUCCUGGGCUUCAGUUUAUGGAGACCUUGUGAUGGAGACAUUGAGAUGGAGACCUUGAGAUGGUGACCUUGAGAUGGAGACCAUGAGAUGGUGACCUUGAGAUGGAGACCUUCAGAUGGAGACCCUAAAAUGGAGACCCUAAAAUGGAGACCAUGAGAUGGUGACCUAGAGAUGGAGACCCUGAGAUGGAGACCAUUAAUGGAAACCCUGAGAUGGAGACCAUGAGAUGGUGACCAUAAGAUGGUGACCUUGAGAUGGAGAGCCUGAGAUGGAGACCUUGUGAUGGAGGCCAUGAGAUGGACACCUUGUGCUGGACACCUUGAGACAUUGAGAUGGUGACCUUUGUAUGGAGCGAUGGAGGCAGCCAACUACUGUCACCAGAUUCUGCCAGCAGCUUUCAAGUCCAAGCUGAGACUUGGAAGCCAGAAUGUGAGCCAAAGCUUGGACACCGCUCCCCAUCGCCUUCAUAAGCGUACUGGGUGAAAACGUAAAGCAUGAGAAAAGCCAUUCUUCUUCCAGCUGAACCGUUUGCCUGGCACCCGCCUUCGAGGCGCUUAUAAGGCGAUAGGUCGGAGCACACAGGGUGAACAUCCUCUGCUGGGAUGUUGGCUACAUUUACACCCUCAACAGUCACUGAGGAACCUGGUGUGUCCUGUUUUUCCUUUUUAGUAUAAAGCCUCCGUUUGAUGCGUACACAAACUCUACCACUUGGAGGACCUGCAUAUGAACAGAUAACUGUUAAUGUAACACAGCAUUGUUCCAAAGGUGUGAGAACAGUUUUCUUAUCCAUAGUCGUAUGCCUGUCUUCUCUGGUGUGACUCAGGGGUUAUGGAAAAUUGCACUGCAGUACAUAGUUCAUUAUCAAGUAAACGGUUCUUUUCUUCUUAAAACAAUGUGCAUUAUUAUUGUGCGACACUGAAGUGCACGACAUUAGGCCAACAGAACGCACCAUACGUGCUUGUCGGGUAUCAUAACAUGCAGAUUUACAAGCAUUCGGCUGUUAUCUCAGAGCUAGGAUUCUGACAACCAAGUAUGAUGUAGGAGUUUCUACAUGGCUGUGCAUGUGUUUUCUAUUAAUAUAUUUACUGUUUUGCACUGAUUUUGAGCCCAAAGUAGCACAUUACAAUGUAAGAUGAUGUCAUUAUGUUUGUCUCUUUUUAGGAUGCACAUAAAGGGUGUGAGGGAAAAUGGGAGGGGAGAGAGGGGAAGAGGAAAUGAGCAAUUCCCCAUAAACAGGCCCAAGAGAGGGUUUUGUGCCUAUACAACAAAUCCAGAAGCAAAGUUAGCAUCGUCAUGUAUAACUUAACAUAACAUCAUUGAAGCAUAUUGUUUUCCUGUACCGUUUGUGUUGGCAAUGUACAUUUAAUUCAAAAUAGUCUUCGACAAUUGUUAGAAGAUACAUCACGUUGCAUGAUGUAAAAAAAAAUACUUUUUUUUACUGAGUAAAUUAUAUGAAAAACUCAUUAGAAAAACAGUAGUAGAUGUUUGUUUUGAAGCUGUGGGAGCAAUAAAUGAAAACACACUUCUA